ACAGUAGCACGAUUUCGGAGGACACGAAGGAAUGAUCGAAUGCAAAAAAAUAGAAUUUCCAAUUGUUCAGGAUCUGUUGUGUUUAGUUUCGGUGGAGUGUAUUGUCAUGCGUGCCUACACAUACAGAUAUGAUCAAGAACAACGAAAAACUACAGAAGAUUGAGGGCGUACGCUUUUACGCACAAUGACCAAUAACGACCGACAAACACUACACGGAUUGGUCACUCUCGCAGCAAACCAACACCCAUCCAAGACAGCCGUCGUUUUUGAUGAUGGGUCAAUGGUCAUCAGCAGGGUAACGUAUAGGGAGCUGCAGGAGGGAGCAGGAAUGAUUAAGCGAAUGCUGUGCAGUGCGGGAUGCAGUGAUGGUCAGAUGAUUGGCUUGUAUUACCAGACUUCCAUAUCAUUACCAUCUUGUGUACUUGGGAUACUUGAUAAAGGGUCAUCCUUUGCUCCUAUUGACCCAAGAGCACCAAGCGAUAUCAAUGAGUAUUUCAUCUCUACACUGGACCUGUCCUGGAUGCUACUGCCAGAGGACUUAGAGGAGACAUUCCUAGAGAAUCACGGCAAGGCAUUUAAAGCUCAUUCAUUGGGGGAUCCUCUGGGCUUGAAAGGCGUCUGCUUCCGGUUGUUCAAACUAUUGGCCAAUCAGAGGCCUUCUGAAUCUAGUUUGAGCGAAUCAGCUCAUCUUGCCUACGCCAUGCAUACAUCUGGUACAACUGGCAAGCCCAAGAUUGUGCGUGUACCUCAUCAGUGUAUCGUGCCUAACAUCCAAGAUCUCAGUAAUACUUUGGGCAUCAGCGAAGAUGACAUCAUUUUCAUGGCUUCCCCGUUGACCUUUGACCCCAGCAUUGUGGAGAUGUUUACGGCGCUAUCCCAAGGUGCAACACUUGUUAUGGUUCCUGAUGUCAUUAAGGUGGUGCCUAGGAGGCUUAUUGGUGUUCUAACCAGGAAUCAAGUAUCUGUUCUUCAGGCCACUCCGACUCUCAUCAGCAGAUUUGGUCAGGACGUCUUGCAUCGGACUCUCUUAUCUGCAGCUACAGCUCUCCGCAUUCUAGCGUUCGGUGGAGAAUCCUGCCCUACAAUGGCUCAAAUCAACCACAUGAGGGCAGCAGACAACACCACUGCGUUUUACAACCUGUAUGGUAUCACGGAGGUUUCGAGCUGGGCCACAUGUCAUCGGAUUGAUGUAGAGAGCGGAACAGAGAAGGAAUCUCAUAAAAGUAUUCCAUUAGGGAAACCCCUGCUUGCUACUACGCUAGAGGUAAGAGACAUGAAUGACCAACCAAUCACACAAGGACAGGGACAACUUUAUAUCGGAGGUGAUACCAGAGUGUGCUUGCUUGACGGGGAGAAUUUGACCAUACCAUUGGACAACAGGGUGAUGAGGCCAUCGGGCGAUUGGGUCAGCAUCACGGAUAGAGGAUUGGUGUUUAUUGGUCGCCAGGAUGACCAAGUGAAACGUCAUGGGAAGAGAGUCAGUCUCUCGCAGAUAAAAAAGAGAGUGGAAAUCCUUCCACACGUAGAAUCCUGUGAGAUCAUCCACACAUCUCAAGACAAGCUUCUCGUCUUCUGUGUCAUGUCCAAGACCCAAUCCUCAUCAGCUGCCAUCUCAGAUGAAGAAUCCCUCCGAGACUUCCUGGCCGACGUUCUCCCAUCUCACUGUCGCCCUGACCAGUCGUAUUCCCUAGAGACACUUCCGGUGACGCUUCAUGGAAAGGUGGAUGCGAGGGCGCUGUUGCAAUAUGCCAAGGAGGUGGAUGAUUGUGGCUGGGCGUCACGGGCGUGGAGGGAAGGUGGUCAGAUGCAAAGAGAAACUUUUGCUGCCUUGUGGAUGAAUGCUUUGUCAUCAUCUACCGAACCAUCAGACACUGACUUCUUCAUCCAAAAUGGUGGAGGAGACUCAUUUCGAGCUGUUCAGCUUCUGGACGCAGUGGAAUCACAGAAAAGACUAGCUUUCCCCGAUCUACUAGACGUUAUUUUACAUGAAACAUUCUCUCGUGUCCUGGAACACAUACAGAGAAAUGUAUCAGAGAUGACCCAUUAUCUAGAGGAUGGAUCUGAUCUUGAUAGCCCUGCUCAAGAACAAGAAGUUGUAGUUGUAGAACAGCAAGAUGCUAAGCAGGAAGAUAGGCUUUUGGGGAGUGGUCUUGCAAAUAAAGAUGAGCAAAGAAUAUUAACGCCUUGUGGGUUUUCAGAAAUAAUCCCAACUAAUAAAGAACAACAAGUUGAUGUUGUAGGUCAGCAAGUUGUUGUGCUGGAAGAAAGGCUUUUGAGGAAUUAUUUUGAAUGUCAAGAUGAUCAAAGGAUAUUAAUGCAUUCAGAAAUAUUCCCAACUACUCAAGCAGCAACCAAUACUGGGAGUACUACGCUUCAUGCAAAGCCCAAGGAUGAAGAGCUGGAGUUGGAUUAUCAGCAGAUUCCAAAGAGGAGAAAAAUUUCUUGUAAAAGUGAAACUCUGACAAAAGAUGGUGCAGACAGUGAGACCAAGAAUGAAAACAGUCUAGCAUUGUGUGAUAAUUCUUCUGCACUGGAGUCAGCUGUUAGAGAUUCAGCGCUUGUCCGGGAAGCGUUUGGCCCAAGUGGGAUUAUGAAAUUGGAAGAAAGACAGAAGGCAAUUGAAAAGCAUGUGUCGUCGAAAAAGGAAAUGAUUUUGAUGAAUCAAGAUGCAGAUGAAGUGGAUAAUGACGCAAAGGGAAUGAAGAACCACAGAUUAAUGCAGAAUAGUGAAUAUCAUGUGUCGCACUCCAAAAGAAUAAAUAAUUCAGUUUCAGCUUGGACACCAAAAGAAGAAUCGGAUGUUUGUUCCUCCACGGCUGCCGAACAGAAAUCAAUUCACGACAAGAUUAAACUCAAUUUGUCUGAUGAUGACAUUUGCACUUCUUCAACUUGCCACUUAUCCCAGAAUACAUGCCACGAUAUACCCCGAUCUAGCCGUGUUUCAUACGCUGUAAGAAGGUGCUCCCAGUGGAUGAGAGAUGCAGAGUUUGGUUUGGGAAAUAUCUGUGGAGAGAAGAAGGAGGCCACGUCAAACUGUCAACCGCCGCAGUUAAUACAAAGAUGGAGGUAUGACACAGGAAAGUGUGUGGAUGCAUCUCCUUUAGUGGUUCUUACUACACGGUUAAACACAGUUGUCUAUAUUGGUUCACACUCCCACAAGUUUGCAGCAGUUACCAUGGCCACAGGGAGAGCAUUGUGGGUAACGGAGUUGGGUGAUAGAAUAGAGUCGUCUGCCUGCCUGUCUACCUCAGGAAGUAAAAUUAUUGUUGGUUGCUAUGACAACAAUCUGUACACUCUUGAUUCUGAAUCUGGGAAAGUCCUUUGGAAAUUCAAAAGUGAUGGACCAAUCAAAAGCUCUCCAGUAGCUGACCAUGGCUCAUCUCUUGUUUAUGUUGGAUCACAUGACAAGCAUCUGUAUGCCUUAGAUGUUGAGGAUUAUAGCUGUAAGUGGCGUGUGUAUUGUGGAGGAGGGUCUUUAUUCUCAUCACCAUCUGCACACCACCAAUCCUCAACUGUGUAUGUAGCAACACUCACUGGCAGCUUAGUAGCCAUUGAUAAGCACACAGGGCUGGAGAGAUGGACCUUCAGUUGUGGUAAACCGAUCUUCUCUUCACCCUCAGUGUCUAGGGACAGUGUGGUAUUCGGAAGUGUGAACGGCAUCCUAUAUUGCCUUGAUCACGAUGGCAAACAGCUGUGGAGCUUCUCAACGAAUGCACCAAUUUUCUCCUCACCUUGUGUUUCACCAUCGGUCGAAGACGACCCUCUGUCACCGACACUCCAUGUACCCCAUAAAUCCAUCCAUCACUCGGCUCAAGAUGCCUGCAUUGUCUUUGGUUCACAUGACCACUAUGUUUACUGCGUGUGUCUCACAACAGGGAAGUUACAAUGGCGGCACAGGAUGCCAUCUACAGCUUAUGCUUCACCAUUCAUCUUUAGGAAUCAUAGACUCUCCAAUCAAAGAUUGUCCAAGAACCAUCACACAUGCUCUAAAGAAUCUGCUCAAAGUGACUGUGCAGUGCAUCCGUGUCUGCAGUAUUUGGGGCCCGAGAAAGCAGCAAAUUAUGGACAGCUGUCCAAGGAAAUGCCACCCCAUCUUCCCACUGUAUCCAAUGGCUGCAUGGCUAGUUUGUUUGUGGCUGUUUGCUCCACUGAGGGGUCAGUCAUGAUAUUUGACCUGAGGUCAGGAGAGGUCCUUGCUUCCUGUCAACUACCUGGUGAAGUCUUUUCAUCCCCGGUGGUUGUUGGUGAUUAUUUAGUUGUCGGCUGCAGGGAUGAUUAUGUGUAUUGCUUAGAGAUCAGUUGAUCAAUAGAACCGAUUUGUAGGUAAAAAUUAGUCAGAAAUAUAUUGGCUUUGGAGCUGGACGAAGCAACAACUUUGGGUGGGCAGCCGAUCGCAUGUGUCUGGAGUAAUGACUUACCAACCGAAUAGAGAACUGGAUGAACCUUAUAAGUUGCUUUAACCCUUACACGGAUGUGCAUUAAGCACUUUAUACUGGGAACUUUCCCCCAAGUUCUGUGUAAAAGAAAUCCACAGGCAAAUCACUCGGGUGGGAUUUGAAGCAUGACCUUUGCAUGGCAAGCCCUAUGUUGGUGGUCUCCCUGCGAUGCAGAUGUCUUUCUACUAGACCACCGAGCUAGCCCUGUGACUGAAGCAGUUUGAAUCCUAUGUGUUAGCAGUGGGUACCGCAAUGAUUUAAUUGAUGUUAGUUUUGCAUCGGGAUAAAGAAUAAAAUUUGUUUUUAAUCUUACGCUGAUAUAAGCACUGUAUUUUCGGUACUUCCCCCCCCC